AUGGCUAGUUCGAGUGGGGUACGAGGAGGAGGCAGGGAGGAUGUUUUCAGUUUUCAGAUUGAAGAGGAAGACUUAUCAGAGUUGACAGUCGGCCAUGAGGGAGAAGAAGAGGGGAUUGAUGACAGAUGGUGUUUAGUUGGGAGAUUUUUGUCUCAUCGGGUGAUCGAUUUUGAUAAAAUGCAAAACAUUUUGGCAUCGUUAUGGCAACCGGGAAUGGGAAUGUUUGUGAAAAAGCUUGAAGAGAACCGGUUCUUGUUCCAAUUCUAUCACGAAGUGGAUAUCCAAAGAGUCAUUAACGGUAGUCCAUGGACUUUUGAUCGGAUGCAGUUAAUUAUUCAACGUUUGCCGGUAGGAGGGGAUCCGAAUUUAAUCCAAUUAAAUCAUCUUGAUAUUUGGGUUCAAAUCCAUGAUGUCAAACCCGACUGUAUGAAAGAAGCAACUGUUCGUGGCAUAGGAAAUACUAUGGGGAAAUUUGUUGAGAAUGAUCCUAAGAAUUUCAUCGGUGUGUGGCGAGAUUACCUUCGGGUUCGGGUCACUUUGGAUAUUAGGAAGCCUCUGAGAAGAAGACUCAAGUUAACACACGAGAAUGGUAGCUGGUUUUGGGUCCAUUUCAAGUAUGAAAGAGUUCCUACCUUUUGCUUCAUUUGUGGAGUUAUGGGGCAUUCAGACAAGUUCUGCAGCAAAUUGUUUCAACAACCUUUGGAUCAAAUUGCGAAACCAUACGGAGAUUUUAUGAUUGCUCAGCCACAACGAUCGUACAAGCACCUUGGCGCGCGGUGGUUGAGGAACAAAGGUUGGCAGCCGGCGGGAAGUACUGAUCGCAAUGAACCUGGACAGAAUUCAAGCCAACCCAAUAUGAAAACAAAUCCCACAGAUGGCGUGGCCACUAAUCAGGGAGAGGAAUUGUUGCUGAAUAAUAAUGAUGAUUUUGAUAUGCAUAAUGGGAGGAUGGAGAGUGAUCAGGAGGCGUGUAGAUUGAGAAGCAAAAAAGGAAAUGUCAAUAUAUCUAUACAUGGAAAGAAUAAGGAAAAAGAUAUAUUGAUUGGUGGGAAUGCUGAGGUGGUGUUGUAUGAUAAUAAAAAGAGGAAAGUGGGUGAAGAAGAGGUAAUGGGCCACGUGGGACAGGCCCAAAGUGAUGUUGGACUUCCAAAAAACUCUUUUGUGGCGGGCCUUGGUUCAGGGUCUCGCCAGACAUUAUGA